AGUGAGACAGCCACUGGCCGCAUCUGGAUCUAUGUCCCUCCUCUGUGCCAGGCCAGACCUCAUGCUGCUCUGCAGGAUUGUGCUGUUCUUCGUUCCCUGUGUGGGGCAAACCGGCUGGCUUUACCUCCGAACCUGGCCAAACCCUGUGUUUGAGGGCGACACCCUGACAUUGCAAUGCCAAGGAUGGAAGAACACAGCCCUGUCCCAGGUCCAGUUCUACAAAGACAGAAAAUUACUCCAUAACCCGAAGGCCAAAUGGUUUCUGCCUAUGGGGACAGCGACACUGAAAAGCAGCGGCCAGUACAGCUGCGCUGGGAAGAUGACCUUCAUCCCACACUUGGGCACACAAAGGUCAGAGAUGACCACAGUUCAAGUCCAAGAACUGUUCCCGCCUCCAGUGUUGAGCGCUGUCCCUUCUCCCGAGCUCCGUGAGGGGAGCCCACUUACCCUGAGAUGCCAGACGGAGCUGCACCCCCAGAGGUCGGCCUCGAGGCUCCUCUUCUCCUUCCACAAAGAUGGCCACACCUUGCAGAACUGGGGCCCCCACUCAGAGCUCUGCCUCCCAGGAGCCCAGGAGGGCACCUCUGGGCUUUACUGGUGCCAGGCCACCCAUGAGGGCAGCAGGGUCCAGAAACAGAGCCCCCAGCUGGAGGUGAGGGUGCAAGCGCCUGUGUCUCAGCCUCUGCUCACCCUGAGACCCAGAUCCACUGGCCUUGCUGUGGGGGACACGGUGGAGCUCCUCUGUGAGACCCAGAGUGGCUCCCCUCCAAUCCUGUACUCGUUCUACCUGGAUGGGAAGAUCCUGGAGAACCACUGUGCUCCCCAUGGAGGAGCCGUCUCCUUCCCCUUCACUGUGACGUCAGAGCAGGAAGCUGGGAACUACUCCUGCCAGGCUGAGAACAGUGUCUCCAAAGAGACAAGUGAGCCCACGACACUGUCCCUGGAUGGUCCUCGGGGCUUGUCCGCCCUCACCAGCAGCCACUGGCUGGUUCCUUGUCUGUCUGCGAGCCUGCUGGGUGUGCUGGUCAUCGCCACCGCGCUUGUGGCUUACUUCAGACCCUGGAGAAAACCUGGGCCCCUUCCAAGCCGGAAUCUGCCCCCAGCCCCAGGUGGAGAGCAGCACCAGCUGUAUGCCAACGUCACUCAGCAGAAUGAGAAUGAGGAAGAUGAUAUUUACUCUUCAGUGACUAUUGUCCCAAAGGAGAGUGAAGCUGGGCCUGCUGAGUCAGCCUCAGGGACCUGGGACGCUUCUGUCAUCUACACCGAGGUGAAAUGCUCGCGGUGCGGUGAGGUUCCAGACAGGGGACUGAAGACAAGAAGCAGGACCCACAAAGCUCCCCUUGGUAACUUUGAGGAGGUCCUCUACUACUGAUGGCAUCCCCCCAACACCACCCACCCGUGGCCUCCAGUGCUCCCCAGGAGGCCAGCGGAGACCCCAGCCCCUUCUGUAGGUCCCCAAUCCCUGAGCCCAGCAGCGAGGGAGCCGGGCGUCCUGGCCAGGGUCCCGAGGAGACUCAAGUAACACCUGAAUGACCUCCGGGCCGCCCUCUGAGCGGAAGACAGGAACACGUGGGCAGGGGUAUCCCGCUCACACGUGAGUUCCAAGCAGUGGACUGGACACGGAAGCCACAGAUGUCCUCCUGCACAUGAAUGGAAGGGUUCGAGUGCCUUCUCUCUACACGUUUGUAAGGGCUUUCGACGGUGGCCCUCAGUCCCCGGGCGUGUGCUUGGCCUCGCCCUGAAGGAGAAAGCCAGCCUGGGCGGCUCCAGUAGAGAAUUCCCAGCUUCCAAGCUGUGGCUGGGGCCCCGGAGUGACCACAGGGCUGAGGACCUCUCAGAGGCUCGGGGAGACCGAGAGUCCGGGGGAAAGGCCUGGCCCAGAUAAUAUCACAGAAUUCCUACCCCCAGAGCGGCCCCCCGCCAGGCUCUGAGAUCCCUGCCUCCCAUGCAACCCAUUUCUGCUCAGACCCCUUCCAGGUGACCAGGUUACCAAAGUUGCUGGAAAGGAGGCUUGCCCAAAACCCCCGUUUGUGGACUAGAUCAGAAGACGUGGUUAUUCCUCACGUGUUUACCAAGACACAGGCUUGUAGAAUCUGUUUGUUCGCAGAAGUGUAUCAAUUUGUGUCAUAUUAUUCACCAAUGCCGAUCACUCAUAGUGCCUCAUGGUUGGUUUGCUUGCUGAGUCCAUACUCCUUGACUCUGAAAGUUUAGUUCUAGUAACAAAGAGGCCCUCCUCCCAGCCCUGGCUCCCUGCAGGCCCCUGCCCCCUAAUCAGAGUGAGGUCCCAGUCACGCUGCUGGAUGUCACCGACCCCACCCACCAGUCCUGGGAAGAAGCCCACGUCCCCUCCACCCAGAGCCCCUGCUCAGGUGCCCCUGAGCUGCCCACAGCCAGCGUUCAUCCUUGAGCUUAAUAGAAAGGCAGCUGCUCAGGGCGCCUGGGUGGCGCAGUUAAGCGUCUGCCUUCAGCUCAGGGCGUGAUCCGGCAUUCCGGGAUCAAGUCCCACAUCGGGCUCCUCUGCUGGGAGCCUGCUUCUUCCUCUCACACUCCCCUGCUGUGUUCCCUCUCUCGCUGGCUGUCUCUCUGUCACAUAAAUAAAUAAAAUCUUUAAAGAAAGAAAGGCAGCCGCUCAGACUCAGCCCCAGACCUGAUCUGUAAGCUGUGGUGUGCACGUUAAAGUUUAGAAAGCCUGGUCUGCCUCCAAAAGACACUUCAUGGGAGUACCUCCAUCCACUCGCCUUUGGAAACAUCACUGGAUGAGACAGAGGGCCCAGAGAACUGCUAAGACAACCCUCGCUAGCAUUUCCUGGCUUCCCCAGGCCUUCUCUUCCUUCCCAUCCCCCACCUGACCUUCCUCUUCCCCAGCCUCUUUGGCUUCCUCCCCAUCCCUCCCAUCACUGGUCCAGUCCGUGUCCAGAAGACAUCAGGGCCCCUCCCCUUCACUUCUUCAUCUGCCAGCCUGGGAAGCACAUGCCAGCCCAUCUAGAAGCCCCGGGGUCCUCGCUGGUCCAUCAGGAAGCACUUGCAGAAGCCAAGCCUUGCCAUGCCCUCUAUAAACAGGCUGGCCCCUUAUAAAGAGUCAAGUCAAAGACAGGACAGCUCGUGAAGGAGACACUGAUGAUGGGGAGCAGGAAGGAGCCAGCCCUGCCACUCAUCCCCAUGGACCGGCUCCUCCCUGAGCAUUCACACCACCCGCCCCCUGCCCCACACCAGUGACACUGGGGCCUGUCUGUGAAUGAUGUUUACCAAUGCAGGGUGGGGUAUGUGGAACAGUGGAAAGCAAGAACUUAGAAACUUCUAUAGCAAUCUGACAGAGUAAUUUUUUU